UAAAAUGAAUAAUUUUAUUUAUGUGAAAUUUAGAGUAAUAGAGGGAACAAGCCAAUAAACGCGGUGCUUUCCCCAGGCAGCUCUGACAGAAUUUAAUGAACUUAAUUUCAAUUUCAUCUUCCUUCAUUUUCUGUAUCUCCUGAGCACUGUAUGUUUUUGACAAACGGACCAAGCUUGUAAAACAUCUUACAUGAAGUGUCAAAAUGCUUUUGACAAAACGCAGGCUAUAUGCUGAUUUUCUGUUCCUGAGCUUUAAGUGAUGAAGUUGUGGUUUUCUUACCGAGAAUUGGAAAGUUUCAGAAACGUCACCGCACCACACAGUUUAGAUAACGCCCUCUUUUGCGCUGUAGAAAUGUAAUUUGUGUCAGGCAGCAGACUUACUUUAGAAACUAUAAAGGAAGUGGUGUAUAACAACAUGCUUGCUGCUGAUGAAGAGCAAUUGAACAUGCGCUUCCGUUCGAUUUAUCAGCAGACAGGAUAACAUGUCUGCUUUGCUAGACAGCUUUGUAUCACUUCCUUCCAUAAGUCUGGAUCACCUUUGCUCAGAUUCAUUUGUCUGAGUACUGUUAAGGUACAAGCUUACAACAAAGAAAGUCUACAGGCAACACUUUCUCAAGAUUGUUUGUUAUGACAUCAGCCCAUCCAACACAGUGGAUAAAUUGUGAUACAAUCUAAGUUUUUUCUAAAACACCUCUUUCAAAAAUGGAGCAUACAGCAGAUCCCAUUAUGAAGGCUGAGAACUGUGUGGUAAAUGACAAGAUGGUGCCAUUUGCCACAUUCUACAUCAUUAUCUUCUUGAUAGGCAUGGCUGGCAGCCUGGUGGCACUCUGGGCAUUUAUACACAGUAGAAACGUCAAGAAGUGCAUGAAUGUCUACCUGAUCAACCUUCUGACAUCUGACUUCUUGCUGACAUUGGCACUGCCAGUAAAGAUCGCUAAAGACUUUGGUGUGGAAUCCCAGAGACUAACAAUUUUCCACUGUCAAGUCAGUUCACCACUCAUCUACAUCAACAUGUAUGCCUCCAUCAUAUUUCUGGCUUUUGUCAGCGUACAACGUUAUCUUCAGAUUACCCAGAGCUCCAAGCUGUUCCGUCUACAGGAGGUUGGCUUUGCCCUGGUCAUGUCGGCUGUAGUCUGGGUUCUGGUGCUCUUCAUCAAUGUCCCUAACAUGGCUAUCCCAAUCAAGGACAAGAUUUCUAACAGCACUUUAAUAACAUGUAAAGACAUUAAGCAGGAUGUUGGAAAACACUGGCACACACUCUCUGUUUUUCUGGGCAUGGCAAUUUUCCUGAAUGCCUCUGUUGCUGUGCUUUUGUCCAAUGGCCUUGUACUUAAGCAGUUUUGGGGCAAACGUGGAGGAGACCCUCAGGAACAGGCCAGUGCUCACCAUGCAUCUGUCAAUAUCGCCAUGGUGACAGUGGCUUACGUUGUCUGUUUUGUGCCAUAUCAUGCAGUUCGAAUGCCUUAUACGUUUACACAGAAUGAGAUAAUCACUGACUGUGGUGUUAGGAAGCACUUAUUCCUAGCCAAAGAGUCCACUUUGCUUCUUGCCAUCCUAAACCUGUGCUUUGACCCAGUGCUGUAUUUUUUUUUCUGCCCCUCAUUUAGACACCAGAUCACACAGGUUUUUACUAAAAGGAGAAGGGUAGAAAGAAAUCCAGAAUCUGUCCUAGAUUAAAAGCUACAACUGCAGUUAGUUUCAUAAUCUUGAAGAAUAGAUAUGAGACAUCUAUUUUUCAUAAUCUUGAAGAAUAGAUGUCAGACAAAAUUACAAUAAUAAAAAAAAAAAAACAUGUGAAACCAGAUGCUGAACAGAAUGUAAGGGUCUAAAAAAACCCUUUCAAUACACCGAUGCCAGAUAAGGGAAGUAGUGUAUUCUCUCACAUAAAUCAGAAAUCUCUACCAAAAAAAUACCUAAGUAAGUAAAUGACAGAAUUUUGUAUGUAAUUAAUUUUUUUUAUAAUUUAUAAAAGGUACAAUGCUGCUUUCAAAGUAUUGAAGACCAAAAUUAAAUGAGAAAAUCUUGUUUAUAGCAUUGCACUAUAAGUAAAUUCUUUUCAACAAGUCUACAUAUUAAUAUUUCUGUUAAUAUAUACAGGUUUUGCAGUUUAUUUUGCACAGAUGGAAUUAGUUACUCACAUUAUGCACAAUUAAAUAAUCCUGAGAUUUCACAGUUUUAUAAGAAAUUAAAAUACUUGAAGACUAUGAAAAGAAUGAAAAGAAAUGAAAGUAAUUCCUGCUUUGCUGAUUAUUUGUUUUUGGAAUAGGCUCUGUCAAACACUGAAUUCUAAUAAGACCAAGUGAUGCUAGGAAUGUAUUUAUUGUUUUUAGUCUGCCAUUUAUUUUAACCAAUUACCAAGAAAGUCACCACUUUUCUAGAAUAUGAGCACUGAAUAGCGCACACAGGGAAAAGCCCUGAUAUGACUCAUGUUUCAGACUGGUUUUAAUGACACAUAUAAUGUUUUCACUUUUACAUUUAAAAACUGCACCUAAUUUAUAAGUCUUGUAUAUUUACCUUCGAUCUUUACUCCUCUUUAUUUUGCUUUACUCUUUAUCUAAUAUUUUCCAGUAAAAAGUACCACAGAAGAAACAGUCAGCAAACUGUCAUUCAGAUCCCUGUCUAUGAAUCAUGCCUUGACUCAUACCUUAGAAGUCUGACAAAUGUUAACACCUACUGUUUAUUUCUCAUCACUCCAUGUCUAGACAUGGUCGGUUGGUCAAAAAUGCCAAAGGGUUAUUUUAUCUAUAACAUGGGUUUUCCCAUUUCAUAUGAUGAAGUCUUUUCCAUUUUUGAAAAAGAUACUGUAAGGAAUGAUAUAAAGAAAGUAAAAAUAAAAGCAUUUUACAAGGCUAAAUAAAGGCUUUUAAAAUGAAAAA